AUGACCAUGGUUUUGCAGGUAGACUCGACCUGCCAGGUGAACCAGGUUCCUUUCCCCAGCGUCAGCAUCUGCAACAUGAACAUGGUGUCCGUGAGAGAGACUGCCAAUAUCGCUACACUUUUAAAGAAACACAACCGAACGGAAAAUGAGAUCGAUAAGUUUCUCGAAGACUUACCGAAACUGACACACAAUAUAACGCCGUAUGCGAACAACGCCACAGAGAUAAUGAACAUCUUAAAGGGAUAUUAUUACACCAUGGACACCAUUAUGGAAGAGGUUCUUCAAAAAUGCGAAAACCUCUUGUUGUACUGCGAGUUUAAUAGAAAGGCGAAGAAGUGUAUGGAUAUAUUUACUCUGAUAAAAACGGGGGAGGGCCACUGCUGCGCCUUUAACUACGCUGCCCUGAACGACGUAUCUGAACUUUCUCUCCUGCCACACGAUGACACCCUGGAGUACUACGACGGCGACGAAGAAUCUGACCACGUGUCGGGCACCAUCAUCGCCACGUCAGAGUCCGGCAGGACGUCGGGUCUCACCGUCGUGUUCAACGUCGAACCCGACGAUUAUCCCAGCUGGUCCCGUGCCAUCAACUACGGCGCGCUGAUUAUUAUAAAUGAUCCAAAUGACUUCCCAGAAACGUCUGCACGGGACACGUAUGUGACUAUAGGUACAUCCGUGGACAUAAAGGUGGAGCCAGGAGUGUACCAGAGUGAGGCGGGUGUACGACACGCGUCGCCCGCGCACCGCGCCUGCUGGUUCCAUGAUGAGGUGGUGCUAAAACACACGGACCGCUACAGCUACGAGACCUGCGUCACCGAGUGUGUAAUGGCCAACUUCAUCGCGGAAUGUGGCUGCACGCCCUACAAGUACCCCCGAGGUUACCACUUAAGUUCUUUCUACUUCCAACACAUGGCUGAUAAUGUGCUAGACGAGACCUGCGUCACAGAAGUGUACGGCAAGAGAGUACCGUGCGACCCGCUCUGCUACGUUGAGUGCCGGGACAAGCGCUACGCUAUAAGUAAAAAUACCCUACCGUUCCAUGCUUCCGACUACCCUAAACUCGACACGAAAGAUGUAAACGUGGAGCAUCUCGCGUCCAUCAAAGUGUAUUUCGGCAAAUCUUCGUGCAGCUGCUACAAGCUGGCGUUGCUGAUGGACGUCGACUAUUUCAUCGCAACUUACGGAGGCGUGCUCGGCCUAAGUUUUGGAGCAUCAUUAGUAACUGCAGCAGAAUUAAUAUAUUUAUUAAUUAUUGCUAUCUCUGGAAAAAUAUCUCUUAUUAGAAAAAGGGGAAAACUGGGAAAAUUUGCCAAAGUUUCACCCAAACGCACAUAA